GGAUUUCUGACAACCUCCAGCCAUGCGUCUCUCUGCCUUGCUGGCCAUGGCAUCCAAAGUUAAUCUGCCUCCCAACUACCGAUAUGGAAUGAGCCGCCCGGGCUCCUUGGCAGACAAGAAGAAGAACCCUCCAGGGACCAGGCGGCGUCAGGUGGCCGUAGAACCUAUCUCUGAUGACGACUGGCAUCUGUUCUGUGGGGACACGGUGCAAGUCCUAGAAGGAAAGGAUUCUGGAAAGCAGGGCAAAGUGGUUCAAGUUAUCCGGCAGAGAAAUUGGGUUGUUGUAGAGGGGCUAAACACACAUUACCGCUACAUUGGCAAGACUGAGGAUUACCGAGGAACCAUGAUUCCUAGUGAAGCCCCUCUGCUUCACCGCCAGGUCACGCUUGUGGAUCCUGUGGACAGGAAACCAGCUGAGAUAGAAUGGAGGUUCACUGAGGCAGGAGAGCGAGUACGAGUCUCCACAAGAUCAGGAAGAAUUAUCCCCAAACCUGAAUUUCCCAGAACGGAUGGCAUCGUCCCCGAAACAUGGACUGAUGGCCCCAAAGACACCUCAGUGGAAGAUGCUCUAGAAAGAACCUAUGUGCCCCGUCUAAAGACACUGGAGGAGGAGGUGAUGGAGGCAAUGGGGAUCCAGGAGACCCGGAAACACAAGAAGGUCUAUUGGUAUUGAGUCUGGGACAGUGAUUCUCCCCUACUUCUCUGUCUUAGCCUUGGAGGCUGGGGCCACCCUCCUCACACCCCAAUAAAGAGCCAUGAG